UACAACUCUUCCAACUUACGACUGAAGCUGUACUCUGGCAGAUUACGGGACAAGCUGUACGCUGGCAACUUAUGGGUGAAGCUGUACGCUGGCAACUUAUGGGUGAAGUUGUACGCUGGCAACUUAUGGGUGAACCUGUACUCUGGCAACUUACGGGUGAAGCUGUACUCUAGCAACUUACGGAUGUACACUGCCAACUUACGGAUGAAGCUGUACUCUGGCAACUUGCUGGUGAAGCUGUACACUGGCAACUUACGGAUGAAGCUGUACUCUGGCAAUUUAUGGGUGAAGCUGCACUCUGGUAACUUAUGGGUGAAGAUGUACACUGCCAACUUGCGGGUAAAGCUGUACUCUGGCAACUUGCGGAUCGAUUCCCAGUGCUACCGUUGCUUGCUACUGCUCCUGUUUACUGCCACUCCUCCUGUUACUGCUCCUCUUCCUGUUACUGCUGCUCCUCCCGUUACUUCUCCUCCUCCUGUUACUGCUGCUCCUCCUGUUACUGCUCCUCCUCCUGUUACUGCUGCUCUUCCUGUUACCGAUCCUCCUCCUGUUACUGCUCCUCCUGUUACUGCCCCUCCUCCUGUUACUGCUGCUCUUCCUGUUACUGAUCCUCCUCUUGUUUCUGCUCCUCCUUCUGUUACUGCUUCUUCUGUUACUGCCCCUCCUCAUGUUUCUGCUCCUCCUCCUGUUACUGCUGCUCCUGCUGUUACUCCUCCUCCUGUUACUGCUGCUCCUGCUGUUACUCCUCCUCCGGUUACUGCUGCUCCUCCUGGUACUGCUGCUCCUCCUGGUACUGCUGCUCCUCCUGGCACUGCUGCUCCUCCUGGUACUGCUGCUCCUCCUGUUACUGCUGCUCCUCCUGGUACUGCUGCUCCUCCUGGCACUGCUGCUCCUCCUGUUACUGCUGCUCCUCCUGUUACUGCUGCUCCUCCUGGUACUGCUGCUCCUCCUGGUACUGCUGCUCCUCCUGGUACUGCUGCUCCUCCUGGUACUGCUGCUCCUCCUGUUACUGCUGCUCCUCCUGGUACUGCUGCUCCUCCUGGCACUGCUGCUCCUCCUGUUACUGCUGCUCCUCCUGUUACUGCUGCUCCUCCUGGUACUGCUGCUCCUCCUGGUACUGCUGCUCCUCCUGGUACUGCUGCUCCUCCUGUUACUGCUGCUCCUCCUGUUACUGCUGCUCCUCCUGGCACUGCUGCUCCUCCUGUUACUGCUGCUCCUCCUGUUACUGCUGCUCCUCCUGUUACUGCUGCUCCUCCUGGUACUGCUGCUCCUCCUGAGACCACGCGGGGUGUCAAGUCCGGAGACCGCGAAGGUCAGGGUCGAGGUCCUCCAAGUCCAGUCCACCAAGUGAGGAAGCUGGCCUUGAGGUAUUCUGGGACAAUCAUGUUAUGUUAUGGUAGCCUUGAGGUAUUCUGGGACAAUCAUGUUAUCGUUAUGGUGCCUCAUAACGGCAUGACGCUCUAUCUUGCUCCAAGACAACAUUAUCAAGACUGCCAUCAUCAAGAAGCUGAGGUAUAUCAAGCUCUUACUGAGAGACCAGCUCUUACUGAACAACCAGCUCCUACUGAGAGACCAGCUCUUACUGAACGACCAGCUCUUACUGAACAACCAGCUCUUACUGAACGACCAGCUCUUACUGAACGACCAUCUCUUACUGAACGACCAGCUCUUACUGAACAACCAGCUCCUACUGAGAGACCUGCUCUUACUGAGAGACCAGCUCUUACUGAACGACUAGCUCUUACUGAACGACUAGCUCUUACUGAACGACUAGCUCUUACUGAACGACUAGCUCUUACUGAACGACCAGCUCUUACUGAACGACCAGCUCUUUCUGAACGACCAGCUCUUGCUGAACGACCAGCUCUUACUGAACGACCAGCUCUUACUGAACGACCAGCUCUUUCUGAACGACCAGCUCCUACUGAACGACCAGCUCUUACUGAACGACCAGCUCUUACUGAACGACCAGCUCUUACUGAACGACCAGCUCUUACUGAACGACCAGCUCUUACUGAACGACCAGCUCUUAUGAACGACCAGCUCUUAUGA